CCAGCUGUUGAGUUGCAUUCGCUUCAGCAUUCUGAGGUUGACAGCCGGGAUGGCGGGGUCGGCGUUGAUGCGGCUGCCUGUGCGGACUCUGCUGGUUGCAGGUGGUGGGCACUGCAGAACCAAGACACACUCCGCGUUUUGCUGGAUAAGCCGCAACAAAUACUUCCUGAAAAAUGUCGGAGGGAAUUCUGCAUUCCUGGUGACUUUGCCAGCCCUGUCGUUCAUGGGUUAUCAAGCCUACAGAUUGGUUUCUGGCUCAGGGGUAGUUCAUGCUUUUGACAAAGCUCAGGAUGUAAUUGAACAAGCUGACUACCUUUACAGUUGUGGAGAGACUGAGAAGCUAUACCAGCUGCUGGUUCAGUAUAAAGACAGUGACAAUGCUGAGUUCCUGUGGCGCCUGGCGCGAGCCACACGAGACCUGGCCUUCCAGUCCCACAUCUCCACAGAGGACAAGAAGAGGCUGACGUACGAGGCCUUUGACUGCGUCAAGAAGGCACUAGAGAUAAACCAGUCCUGCUUUUCUGCCCAUAAAUGGUAUGCUGUAUGUCUCAGUGACAUUGGAGAGUAUGAAGGAACCAAGAUAAAGAUUGGAAAUGCUUACGUCAUAAGAGAACAUUUGGAGAAAGCUAUCACAUUGAAUCCUAAAGAUGCUACCUCAAUCCAUAUCCUUGGCCUAUGGUGUUUUGCUUUUGCUGAGCUGCCCUGGUACCAGCACAAAAUUGCAGCCAUGAUCUUCGCCUCUCCUCCCAGCUCCACCUAUGAAGAGGCUCUAAGUUUCUUCCUGAGGGCAGAAGAAGUUGACUGCAAUUUCUAUAGCAAGAACUUGCUGAUGGUGGGGAAGACCUACAUGAUGUUGAAAGAGGAGGAGAAGGCCAGGAUGUGGCUUUCUAAAGCCAGGGACUAUCCAGCUCACACGGAGGAAGACAAGCAGGUUCAUAAAGAGGCAGUUGACCUUCUUAAAAAACUCAAUAACUGACAGCAUGUCCAUCCAAGAACUGGAUCUCAUUCUAUAUUCAUUACCUACAUGAAUAACAUUUUUUCUAAAUUGUUUUAUGCCCUUACCAAGACAUUUUAGAUUCUUAAUUACAGAAGAAUUAAUUCUAAACUAGCAGGUUUUAAGAAAAUAUUUUCUUUAUUGCAUAUUUGUGACACCUUCUGACCUCUUUUCUCACUUUUCCUACCCACUCUCAAAUGUUUUUUGUUCUGCUUAUGCCUCCCUUAUGUCCCACUUACCUACUACAGUUUCUACUUUUCAAUGUGAAAUUAACUUCUACUCAUUCCUUUGCAAAUUUCACUGAAGCAUUUCCCCUCUGGAGUAUAUAUAUUCACGUAUAUACACAGUUUAUAUAUAUAUGAAAUACUUAUUUUGUUUACAUAUAUAGCUCUAACUUCAACAGCAUUGAAUUACAAUUACAAUUACAAAUGUUUUAUUUGGCUAUGCUUUACCUAAUGUAGCAAUUUGUCCAUGCAGUGGUUUUGUUACAGAAAUAAAACAAAAUGACUCAGCUUUUGCUGGGAAUCAAGACCUUCAGCAAAAGAUUCUCAUGGUACAUACUGUACAUUACUACAAUUUCCAAACUUGGCUGAUAUGAAAAUCAUGGUUUUCUUGUAUUAAUAAACUUAUUUUCAAAAGUGUC